UCCCCGCCCCGCCCCACCUCAGAAUCCUCGUGUCGUGCUCCUUCUCUAUACAAUCCGCUUCGUUCGCUUUUUGCCCGUCUCCCAAAAAACUAUUAACUAUACAAUCUGUGUAGGCAAGUUUUAAUUCCAGUUCUUGUGAAAUUUGUUUCUUGAUACUACAUUUCAACUUAGUAUCAUAUGGCUUCAUCAGACAGUGAUAGUUCAUGUCCAUCCUCGGCCAUUGAAUCCUUUGAUGGGACUUUCAACAUAAGCGUAGAGGGAACUGAUUCAGAAGGCACUUUACUUUUUGUCGAGGAGGAGCCCAAGUCUCCCGUUUGUUGUAGGCGUCAAGUUCCAAAACCUCCUCCACCGCCUCCUAAAGUCUGCUCAAGAGACAGUGCUCGUAGAGGGCUUGCUGAUUCUUGUUGCAUCCUGAAGAAUGUGAAAGAUACGUGGGACAAACUCUUCGUGGAAGGAUAUGGAGCAGAUGUACAUAUCAUGACAGAGGAUGGGUCUAUUAUUCCAGCUCAUUCUAGUCUUCUGAGUGUUGCUUCACCAGUAUUGGGGAAUUUCCUGCAGCAAUCUAAGGCGAAUAAUGGGAUCAGAUAUAUAAUGAUCCCGGGCAUGCCUUAUGAUGCUGUCUUCAUCUUCAUCCGUUUCCUUUAUUCCUCCAGUUAUGAUGAAGGAGAGAUGAAGAAGUUUGCUCUCCAUUUGUUAGUUUUAUCGCAUUCCUACUCAUUACCUUCACUUAAAAGGGUGUGUGAACACAUUUUAGAGCAAGGUUCACUCGACUCGGAAAACGUGAUAGACGUGCUUCAGUUAGCAAGGAAGUGCGAUGCAUCACGGCUUUCGUUUGUCUGUACUCAGAUGAUUGUGAGGGACUUCAAAACCAUAUCGUCAACCGAGGGAUGGAAAAUAAUGAGACGUUCAAAUCCAGCACUCGAACAAGAGCUUUUAGAAUAUGUCGUGGAAGCAGAUACGAGGAAACAAGAGCAGCAGAGGAAAAUCGAAGAGAAAAAGGUUUAUUUGCAACUCUACGAGGCCAUGGAAGCCCUCGUUCAUAUUUGCAAGGAUGGGUGUCGGACGAUUGGACCUCGAGAUAAAGUGCUGAAAGGAGGCCAUGGUGGUUGUAAUUUCCCGGCAUGCAAGGGACUGGAAACUUUGGUCCGCCAUUUCUCCGGAUGUAGAACCAGAGUUCCUGGCGGAUGUGUGCAGUGUAAGCGAAUGUGGCAGCUUCUCGAACUUCAUUCCCGGAUGUGCAAUGAAUCCGACGUUUGCAGCGUUCCUCUUUGUAGGCAUUUCAAGGUGAAAGUGGUGCAGCAUAGCAAGAAAGAGGAAGUUAAAUGGAGAGUGUUAGUAAGCAAAGUGCAGGCAGCAAAGAUUGCACUUGGCCCUUUCUCAUCUCGGCGGUCAGCUUUUUUAUGACCUCAAAUAAUAUAUGGUAUAUAUUCUGCAGACCAUAUUGUAAGGUUAUAAUGUGUAAUCUAUCAAUAGAAGAAAUAAUGUAUUGUAAAAUAUAUAUAUGUGGAUGUAGUUAUAUCA